CGCAGACAGCGGUCUGAAACAUCUCCCACUCACCAACUUUGAAAAGUUUUUUUAAAAAAAAAAGAAAAAAAAAAGGUCAAAAAAGAAGAAGAAGAAGAAGAAGCACCACGAAGAAACCAACAUUAAAGAGAUCUCAAAGAAAAAAUAUAUAUAAAAAUAAUUAUAGAACCGCGUCUUCUUUUCGGCUUCCCCUGAAGCAGAGCUUAUAAAAAAUAAAAAAUAAAAAAUAAAAAAAAUAAAAAAAAAAGAGGGAAAACCAGUAAAGAGCAAUGGCUGGGUACAGAGCCGAGGAUGACUAUGACUAUCUCUUUAAGGUAGUUCUCAUCGGUGACUCUGGUGUGGGCAAGUCCAACUUGCUCUCCAGGUUCACUAGGAACGAAUUUAGCCUUGAGUCUAAGUCCACCAUUGGGGUAGAGUUCGCCACCCGAAGCUUAAAUGUCGAUGGCAAGGUCAUUAAGGCCCAGAUUUGGGAUACUGCUGGCCAAGAAAGGUAUCGGGCCAUAACUAGUGCUUACUACCGAGGGGCUGUAGGGGCACUUCUUGUGUAUGAUGUUACUCGACAUUCCACAUUUGAAAAUGUUGAAAGGUGGUUAAGGGAGUUGAGGGACCAUACAGAUCCCAAUAUUGUUGUCAUGCUUGUUGGUAACAAAUCAGAUCUUCGUCACCUUGUGGCAGUCUCAACCGAGGAGGGAAAAACCUUUGCAGAGACAGAAUCCCUUUACUUUAUGGAAACUUCUGCACUAGAAGCAACUAAUGUGGACGAUGCAUUUUCUGAAGUCCUUACUCAGAUUUACCGUAUUGUGAGCAAGAAGGCCAUGGAGGCUAGCAAUGAUGCUAACGCUACAGCUGUUCCUUCAAAAGGAGAGAAAAUCGAUGUGAGCAAAGAUGUUUCGGAUGUGAAGAAAACUGGGUGUUGUUCAAACUAGCUAGAUUUUGAAUUUAUAUUAGAUGCGGCUGGUUUGAGUGCCUGCAUCUAUUCUGUCUACACCAUGGAUGGGUAAAAUUCUUUCAAAGAUGCCUUAAGUAGGAGUUAGGUGGGGUUAGCAUUUUUAUUUUUUGCUUUCAUUUUUUGAGUUACCGGAAGACUUAUCUUUGGCUGAUAUAGGAAGAUGUUUUAGGAACAAGGUAAUUACAUAUUUUUCAUUCUAUUAGGAGUUGAACUGGGGGCUCACAUUUGUGCCAAAAAUCUGUAUUUUUAAGAUUGCUUGUUCAGAGUUGUCUUAUUAAUCGAGAUAUGCUUAGGUUGGUAGUUUCCUUUAGACACAGCCUUGGAUUUGCACACAGAUUUUUAAAAUGUAUUUGUUUAAUUCGUUCUU